AUGUCGUCCUCGCGGAAGGUGGCGACGAAAUCGAGCGGCGGGCGGUUCGGCUGGGUCGUCGCCGCCGCGCUCGCGAUCGGGCACGUCCUCCGCUCGCUCCGCGGCGGCGGAGGAGGAAGAGAAGGUCGCGGUGGAAGCGCCGUUCGCGAGAGGAACGACGCGAACGCGUUCGUCCUGAGCGUCGAGCUCGAGUUCAAGACGCAGGCCGCGGCGGACGCGCUCGUGAAGGCGUGGGGCGACGCCGCGGACUGGUGCCGCGUCAACGAGCCGACGCUGCUGCACUACGAGAUCGCUCGGUCGAACAAGGACGAGUCGCCGCUGCGGUAUUCGAUAUUCGAGCGGUACCGAUCCCUGGAAGACUACCUCGGCCUGCACAAGAACACGGUCGCGUUCAAGACGUUUCGGCCGAAGAUGCAGGCGAUGCAGGACGCGGGGGAGUCUCGUGUCGUCUUCGUCCUCCGCUCGUCCCACUCGUCGCUCGCGCCCGCCGCACGCCCGGAGGACGUCAUGUCGUCGCUCGCCGCGCCGGCUCUCCCGGCGCUUCGCGUCGCGCCGUCCGCGCGCCGACGUCGCGAUCGAGGCGUCCGCGUCGCCGUCGCGUCGUCGUCGCCGUCGUCGUCGCCGGCGCCGGCGCCGGCGCGUCAUCUUCAUCAUCCUCCGCCUCCCGACGACGCCUCGCGCCUCCUCCCUCCGACGCCGCAGCGCGUCGCGGACGUCUCGCGGACGCUCUCGAUCCCGCUCCCGAACCUCCGCCCGCUGAAGGACACGCCGUCGUCGUUCCUCCUCGCCGCGAAGAUCGGCAGCGCGGUGAUACUGACGACGUGCGUCGGCGGUCUCGUCGCGCACAACGUCGCGCUCGCGGCGAGGCGCGCGAUGGGUGAGGACGAAGACGGCGACGGCGCGCCGUCGAGGGACAUGUCCGACCUGGACUGGGAGCUGGGGUACUCGCACAACUACGGGAAAGGGUACGGAUACGCGUACGGAUACGCGUACGGGCACGCGUUCGGGGACGACGAGCUCACGACGCGUCGGCCAAGGCUGAAGCGCCUCCCGACGCGAGCGAAGGCGUCCGACGCCGACGACGCCGCGGCGAAGAAGGAGCCGUGGAGCGAGAGCGCGAACCCGGCGAAGCGGGCGCUGGGCAAGAUCGGGAGCGCGCUCUGGGGGCUGUGGGACGCGAUUCCCGCGUGA